AUGAGCAGCUCUACCGUCGGGUCCCUUCUGGCUGCCAUCGCGACUCUGAUCAGUGAUGGCCUACGUAUCUUGAAAUUCGCCGAUAAGCACCACUGGGGACCUGACGAACACGAGCAGUUGCGCCUGCUUGAGGAUACACUCGAUGACGCCAAAAAGGACUUCCAGGAACUGUCGGUCCUUGUCAACGGCCAACGCUAUUACAUGAACGAUCGCAGACCACAAUCGAUCAACGAGUUGAAGAGGCUACAAGGGAAAUUCGAGACGCAUAUCGAAAACUUCAAGGACUGGGCAAAGGUUGGCGGACCAAUCAGCCCGAUAUGGGCACGAGAAACGACUGAAUUGCGCCGGGAGCUGCACCGCGCGCAAUGCCGGGCAGCAAGGAGGAUAUUCAAUUCGGAGCAGGAGUCUUCGUCAAGGUGUCUCGGCGCAUUCCUCGUCUACAGAAAACAGCGGGAAUGGGCAACCCGAACCAUCGUGACAGAAGAGGGGUUCCACCGGCGGCAUGUGGAAGAGGUCAGGGCGUGCAACAACAUUGGCAAGUUUGAGCGCUUCGGAGACAGAGACAUUGCCUUUGUUUGCGACUUCUGCGACGGCCACCUUGUGUGGGAGGACCUAGAGACCAUGCCGGCAAUGCGCGCAGCGACAGACGCCACGAUCAAUGCCGUAAGACCAGGCUCGCCCACACAGCUGCCGCACUGGCAGGCGACCGCCUACAGCGCCGCGAAUCGAGAGCAAAAGACGGUUGUGCAUGCGCCCUUGGCCAUCGCGAACCACAUCGCGCCGUACCAAGGGGAUUGGGUAGCUCGUCUGGAAUGCCCAUUCUGCGACGAGGCUCCGUACAUUGAACCUGGCGAAGAUGGCGACGACGAGAUGAGAAACGCCCAAGACGAGUCUGGCUUCGAAGACCUCCAAGCGUUCCAAGAACACCUGGAGUGGCAGCACACGGCGACAUCAAUACCCGCCGUGCCACUGCCCAAAGCGGCCAAGGACUGCGUGGUGAUGUGA